CGUCGAUCGGUGAACCACGUGAAUUUUGUUCAGAAUCGCUUCUGUCGUUACACGAUUCCUUGAACAUUCGAUUAAGAAUAACGUAAUAGUUAAAAACCGUAGUGAAAAGUUUCAACCUGUUCGUCUUCGUCAUCGAGUUCACUUGCAUCGGAUCCCUGUGAAAAGUAUUCCUUAUCUCUGGAAUUCGUGAAGGUUUCAUUUAAAAGACAUUCGCGCCGUAUGCAACUACUCCUCGAAGAGGUUGAAACGUCUUAUCGUCACCGACAUCCAUGACUUGACUAGAUUUCUAUUAUCUCACGCAUCGAUAGCGAGUAAAUAAUCAACGAAGCAGUUGUAAACUGAUAGAGCUUGGGUGUUUCAAGGAAAUAUCUCUAUAAAUACGUCGAAUCUCCGGCAAGCAACGCAGGAGAAACUUCUUCAUCGGAUUGCCACGAAUCUUUGUGAAGUUCAGGAAACGGAAUCGACCUUGGCUGUACAACCAGAAUCAAGGAAACCUAAAUUCACGAGAAUAAUUCCCAAAAUCAUACCCUUGGCGCGAAAACUAUAAUCUCUGGUAAAAUCGAAGAAGAAUACGUAAAAAACAGACGCUUAAUUCACAAAGAGGUUGUGGAUGAUAGAAGAUGUUGCUGAUGAUUCGAGUGGUUCAGACUUUCCAUUUCGAUUUCUCUGCGGUUAUUGACACGUGAUUCUUGAGAAUCUUCGCGGACAAAGCUACACUAAUACGACGCAAGUUGAACUCUUGAGAAGUUUGUUAACAAGAUAAUACGGAUAAAGGGACACAGGAAGCUGAGGAAUCCGCUUUGCAAACGUUUCAGGAACGUUAUAAAAAUUUUAUGACAGUUUUCGCAGAUCCUAUAAAAAGAUUUCGGGGAAACAUGUCUGGAAACACGCAGAAACUUUUCAUAUUGCUGCUCCAUAUUCUUUGCAACCUGGGGAUUUGCAUCGCCCAUGAGAACAAUGAAACAACUAUACACUUCUUCCCUUUGGAGAACAUGACGAUGAUACCAGAUGAAUACAAGAAUUUAUCAAGGGUUGGAAAGUGUUGCCCGCCGGGCGAAGUUUUUAUUAAAAAUGGAGAAGAUAAAGAAGGGUACUGCUCCGUUCCUCGAUUACAGCUCAACCAAAGCUUUUCACCUUCCUUCAGUGAUUUCAACAGAACUGGCUAUUGGAUUCCUGCUCAGAAGCAUAGCGAGUUCGUUGUAAUCUUUGGGGAACCUUGUAAACAUAAAAGGUACAUCCUAAAUCCGUGGAAUCAAAACGAUAUCCAUCAUUUAUUAAUAAAUGGAUCUGUGUUUAUACCGGAUGAAGAGCCGUUAAUGUUGAUGCCCGGAGUUAAUUACUGCAUGGAAAUUGUUGAAUCAUUUGGACUCAUGACUUUCGUAUGCUACGAAGACCUUACAACCAUCGCAUCUCCGCAAUACAGUAUUUACUCCGUGGGUCUUUUAAUAUCCGUGCCAUUCUUAGUCCUCACUGUCGUGGUCUACUCCAUCACUCCAAAGUUAAGAAACAUCUACGGAAGACUACUGUGCCGUUACUGCGGAUGCCUAGCAGUAGCGUUUACUACAUUAGCGAUAACACAACUAAGGGGUUCGCAUAUGUCGCAGAUGGCGUGUACCAGUUUAGGGUUCGUCAUCCAGUUCUCCUUCGUUGCCUGUUUCUUCUGGCUAAAUGCGAUGUGCAUCGAAAUGUGGUCACUGGUGCGUAGUCACGUGGAUCGUGAAACCUACAAGAGAAUGCAGCCCAGAACCAUAUUCCUUUAUUACUCUUUAUGGUGUUGGUGUCCCUCGGUGAUAUUUACCUUCGUUUUGAUAAUUGCGGACCUUACCCCGGCAAUACCUGACACGUAUACGAGACCUAACAUCGUCAAAAACAGUUGCUGGUUAAAAUCCGACGACGAAGUAUUGACAGUCUUCUACCUGUUGACCGGACUGCUUCUUUUCGGGAAUAUAAUUCUCUUCGUUAAAAUGUUCAUCAAACUGAAGAAACACCAACAGAAGGUUGAUGCAAGUAUCCUGUCGAGAAAUGAUGAGUCCGAUCAUCAAGAUAUGAAAUAUUUGAGACGCCUGUCGAUAAUGGCGUGCAUUAGCGCGUUCAUCUGCUUCUUGAUGACCUUCAAUUGGAUGUCGGAGCUGAUAUACUGGCUUGUGAUCAGACAUUCGUUUGCCUGGACGAGUUUCGACAUCGUGAACGCUUUUCAAGGCGUCCUUAUCUUCGGCUUGUUUGUGCUACGAACACCUCAGAGGCACUACGCUUGGUACAGGAUACAACAGAUACGCGGCAUCGAUGCUGCGAAACCAAAAACGGAAGACAUGGUGACGUAUUUGUUUCCAAAAGAAUUGAGAUCGAUUUCAACGGUUUAAGUGCGCGCGAUGAAGAGUCGUUGCUAUUACCUCAAGUUGCUUCAAAGUUCCUACGAAGAGACAUACAAUUCCAGUGUGACUUCGCCAUUAAAGCAUCGUGACGAGUUAUGAAAACUCGACAAUUUCGAUGAAUCUGCUUUAACCCGCAAAGAUGGUACAAAAUUAUUGCUCUGCAAUAUUGCAGGUAUAUUCACAAUAUUGCAGCAGUAUGUUUGCGCAACAUUAUUCUGAAAAUAUUUUAAAAAUAUUCUGACAAUAUUACAAGGCCUUCAAGUAUAUAAGUUUUAUAUAUAUAUAAACUGCUGCAAUAUACAUAUAUAUAACAACUUAAUUUUGAAAAGUUAUUCUCAGUAAUUGAUCAAUGAAGAAUAAUACUGUGAUAUUCUGCUUGCAUAUUUCGCAAUGACGUAGUUUUUAUCUGGAUUUUUUUCACAUUCUAUAAUUCAAAGAAUAUUAGCGAAUGUAAUUUGUUAGGAAUAUAACAUUUUUAUUUAUUCAAUUUUUUUAAUGAAAAAUUUUUUUAAUGAAAAAAAAUUGUUAGUGUUUGAAUAGAAAUAGAAAUAUAUACCUGUAAUAUUUUGAAAGUCUUCGGUCAUCGUAGAACGGUAGUUAACAUUUCAUAAAUAUUUAUAUUUCAUUGUACAAAAUGCGCAAUGUUGACUGUUAUUAUUUAAAAAAAAAAAAAGCGAAAUCGUAUCAUAGGAAUUCUAAUUUCCGAUCGGGGAUUAUUUGAAAUAAUUUAUUAAAGAAAAUUGUUACUGUUCAAUGCAAAUAAUUCGAACAAUUUUCUUAGCAUACUAUUCGAGCGAACGAAACCUAAAUUUCUAAUGUAUACGAAUAUAUUUAAAAUCUUACAUCGUGUUCGAUGUGUAGAUUUCACGCGAACGAUACAAGAGGUUUGCAAUCGCUGACAUUUUAUUUAUUUUGGCUGUGAUAAUGUCACACGCCAUGCCAAACGUGUAUUGUAAUUAUACUCGCAGUGAGGCACAAUUUAGAUCUCAUAGACUGAAACAAAUAUUGAAAACAUUAUUUUUCAAUAAAAGCCCAAAUUCGAUUAUGUAAAUCAACUUAGGGUACUGGUCUACCAGACUCGAAACUGCGUUUAAAAUUAAUCUAUGCUGUUUUACAAAGUCAUUAGUGUUUUCGGACAAAAAGAACAUAAUUCUUGGAAAUGCUUGUUACAUAAAAAUGUCUGCAACUCGUUUUACAAUUGGAUGUGCAAGUCGUGAUGUCUGUAUACCUAUUGCAUAAUAGUGAGAAACAGGAUAGGAUGUGUUGUGACCUUACAUCGAACAUUUACGUUCUACGAAUCCUGCAAGUAAUAUUAAAGCAUUUUUCACGACUUCUAUGUACAAAAUUAUCUUCUCGAGUACAUGAGAUAUCAUUAGUUCAAAAAUCACGUAGUAUUACUUCCUUCAUUUUUCAUUCAUAAUUUACAUAAAGUCGCAUGUACAAGUCAUGUAUAUGUAUAUAAUAACUUACCGAAAGUCGUACAUCCAAUAAAAUACAUAACAUAGCAUACUACAAUAUUUUGGCUAAAAACCAGAAUGUUAUCUUGUAUAUAAACAUUUUCGUAUUUUACUCAAUAAAAUGUUCGAAUAACUUUAUAUUAGUUUUAAAGCCAUAUUGUUUGUACGCUAAUAUUGUAUAGCGGCCAUAUGUUAUAGUAAUUUUGUAUUAUUUAUUUAUAUUAUUUAUAAAUUAUUACUCACAAUUACAGACAAGAUA